AUGACAGAGGGGAGGAGGCCUCCCACGGACGGAGUCCUGCUCAUAAACCGGCGGAACCCCGCGCCCCGGCCGCCCCCGCCCUUGGCCCCGCCGAGAGUCCGGGUUCGGUUCCGCGUCCCCGCUGCCCCUCUCCCUCCCCGGCCGCGGAUAGCCUCCCGAUGUCCUGACCGGGGACCCCAGUGCAGAGGCGGGGGAGGAGCUCCGCGCCCCUCGGAAUCCGCGCACCGGAGGACGCCGGCUGGGCGCCGCGAGGCGCGGUGGGAAGAUCUGUCCGCCUCGGCCGGGGGCUGCUCGCGCGCUCGGCACUCUGCCCUGCCCCUCCGCGCCCUCCCUCCUCGGCGCGGUCUUCGCACGCUGUUCAAGAUCCAGCAAAGACAGGACGGGGGGCAUAGGUCUGCUUUAGGGGGAAAACUGCUCCGGGAGGAUCAAUUCAAAUCGGGGGGACUCGGCCCAAAGGGAAUCACCCUCGGGCUUGGAUUUGAGGUGAUCGAAGAGUGCGCUCCCGGAGGCCACCGGGUUCUUCGGAGCCCCUACCGAAGUGUGCAUUUCGACUCCGGCCACCUCCAGCAGGCAGCUGCUCAGGACCUCAUCUGCGACCACUCCCUGUCCCCCGGCUGGUAUCGAUUCGUCCUCUUCGACAGACCUGCUGAGAUGCCGACCGAAUGUGUGGAGAUGAACCACUGCGGAACGCAGGUCCCUAUCUGGCUGUCGCUGAGAGACUCAGAAACACUGCCCCCUCCUGGGCAGACCCGGCAUCUGACCGCUUGUGCCACGUGGCAGUUUUUGUUGGGCCCCGGGACAGACUGCUGUCUCUUUCAAAUCCCGGUGUCUGUAAGAAACUGUGGGAAUUUUUCCGUGUACUUUCUCCAGCCCACUCAGGGAUGCAUGGGCUACUGUGCAGAAGCUGUUUCUGAUACAAAAUUCCACAAAUGUGGCCCCGAAGAAACAGAAAUUGGAGGUGAUUGUAUUGGUCAGCAGCUGGCUGCAUGGCCACCUCCACCUCCGGGAAGGCCAGAGGUUUCGGUGGAACUGGUGGAGUCCAGGAUUUUCUGUAGGUGUGCUUUUGAUGCUUCCCCGACCAACGCCUCGGUGGGAUUUCUCGUAGCUUGGUCUAGGCUUUCUUCUCAAGAGAUCAAAGAAGAGCUGAAACAAGAGAUCACAGUGCAGACGUUCUCUCUUUUAGAACUGGAUGGCAUAAAUCUCAGACUUGGAGAUAGGAUUUUCUGUAGUGUUUCUGUCUUUUUCUUGGAAAAACCACGUGUACAGAGUUUAGCCAGGGAAAGCAGAGAAUUUUUUGCAGGCAUCAAGUUACGACCUGAAUUGAACACCAUCUCAGAAGAUGGGAAGGAAUACCUGCUGAGGAUCGAGAGCACAGUUCCCAUCGUCUGUUCUGAGCUCAGUGAAUUUGAACAAAAAUGCAAAGUCUCAUUAGAACUGAAAACUGUUAAUCAAGAUAAAGAACACCUCGGCUUAAGUCUGGCACUGUCUUCCUGCCGCGUGGACCUUCACCAGACAUCACCCUGUGACGAUGGAACCUGCAGUUACGCGCUUGUGAACUACACCGCGGUUCCAGGCUUUGCCCCAGAUGGUGACAGAGUUACAAUCAUCAUGGUGCAGCCGAUAGUUAGUGAGGAUUUCCUGUGGAACAACUACGUUCCAGACAGCAUCCAGAUCACAGUUAAGGACAUCCCAACCGCUUACUGUUAUUCAUUUACUGACCCACAUAUAAUAACCUUUGAUGGCAGGAUAUAUGAUAAUUUCAAGACUGGGACAUUUGUGCUGUAUAAGAGUUCAUCACGUGACUUUGAGAUCCAUGUGCGUCAAUGGAACUGCGGGAGCCUCUACUACCCCGCGUCGUGUAACUGCGGGUUUGUUGCCAGAGAAGAAGGGGUUCUGGUGACCUUCGACAUGUGCAAUGGUCAGCGGCAGGAGUCACAGCCAUAUUUAUUCGUGAAGAGCCAGGAUGUACCGAGCAAUAUCAAGAUAAGUGAAUCUUACUUGGGAAGAAAAGUCACGGUUUGGUUUUCCUCUGGAGCAUUUAUCCGCUCCGACCUUGGUGAAUGGGGCAUGAGCUUAACAAUCAGAGCCCCUAGUUUGGAUUACCGGAACACUCUGGGCCUCUGUGGUACCUUCAAUGAAAACCCAGCAAACGAUUUCCAUGAUAGAAAUGGGAUCAAAAUUGAUCAAGAUUUUAAUGAUUUGGUCGCUUUUAUUAAUGAAUGGAGAAUUUUACCAGGACAAAGCAUGUUUGACACGUUGCCGGUUUCUCUGACAUUGCCUGCAAAACCACCCUACUGUAGCUGCUCGCUGGACACUGCCUCAGAUUACCGAUUUUCUAAUCAUCCGGAUGGUGUUUCUCAAUCAGAAAUUGCUUCAGGUUGCAAAGACCUCAGACAUCUCAGAUUUUCUUCUUUGAUACCAGAACUAGAUGUCACUGCUGAAUAUAUUAAUUCUGAAGUUCUUGUCGGAGGGAUAGGAAAACAGACAUCUGGAGAGGAGAAUAAUUUGAAUUUCUUACUGCAAGAAAAGCUGCAAGUGAACCUAACAGAGCUAGACUUAAACUUGCAGUAUCCCGGGAAGGCAGAGCCAGCGGCGUCGAAGUAUUUGGACAGUGAGAAGCAAACACAGGAUGAAGCCGGCCAUCAGCAAGAGACACGGUGGCAAAGACAGAAGAGGUGGAAACGGCAGAACUUUAACGAAUUUCCUCCUUCGUUUGCUCUUCGAGGUCCCGGCCAAACCAGCCUGGAAGGGUUUACUUAUUUUUUCCCUGAAGACCAUGUUGCAGAUGUUCACCAAGACUUUGUCCCCUCCUGGCCCACACCCUCUGGUCUUACCGAGUACAGCACCUUGGCUGUGUGUGAGCAGACACUCGCCAACUCUAGCGUUGGAAAGCUCUGCCUCGGGUUUCUUGGCAAGAGAGUGGAGGAUGCCAUCCGUAUGUGCGUGAAGGAUGUUCUGUUGAAAGAUGAUGUGCGCUGGGCAGGAGCAGGUUUGGCCCUUUUAGAAAAUGAAUGUGAAAGGAGGGUCUUGGAAGAGGGGAAACAUAACACAGGAACACAUGGCAAGGCCGUGGAGGACAUCCUCCUGGUUCUGAGAUGCCCCAGCUUGUGCAGCGGCCGGGGCGAGUGCAUGGAGUGGGGCUGCGCGUGCUUCCCGGGCUUCAGCUCCUAUGACUGCAGCGAUCCCCAUGACAAACCUGAAAUUACAGAGCUUGAGAAUGCUGGAUUCUGCGAUGUUCAAAAAUACAAUUGUGUGGUGGUGAAAGUUUUUGGUGAAGGAUUCAAAGAAUCACCUUCCAUUAUGUGUGAAGUUACAAAACUGGAGUAUAAUGGCAGUAAAUGGGUGCUUGGAGAACCUGUCCAUACACAGGCAGCUUUUCAAGAUAACAGAACUGUUGAUUGUCACCUGCCCGCUGGCGUCCAGCAAUCUGGUGCCCUGGAUCUGGCGGGUGAGAAGCCAAUUGCAAAGUGGCAGUUAAAGAUAUCCAAUGAUGGCUAUAUCUUCAGUAAUCCCAAAAUAAUGAUCAUCUAUGAUGGCGCUUGUCAAGUUUGUGGUCUCUAUGAAAAUGAUUCAUGUAGUAUAAAAGAAAAUGGUUGCAUUAUCAAUGGCGUCUGCUACACUGAAGGGGAUAAAAACCUCACCAGUCCUUGUUUGAUUUGUAGACCUCAAAUCUCCAAAUUUACCUGGGCAUAUUUAGAAAAUAACCUCCCCCCUGCGAUACAAACGUCACAAGACAAAUUACAGGCAUUUUAUGGAGAAAACUUUGAGUACCAGUUCUCGGCCUUGGACCCAGAAGGCUCUGCAGUUCGCUUCACACUGGAGUCGGGGCCGGAGGGAGCGCACAUCUCCUCCGCAGGACGGCUAACGUGGGAAGCAGAGUCGCAGGUUCCACAGCGAUUCACUCUCCGCCUCCGUGAUGACUGCGAUGGUGAAACCAGAGCCACAAUCGAGGUGACUGUGAAGACGUGUGACUGUCUGAACGGUGGAUCAUGUGUGCCGGACAGGAAAUUCCCUCUGGGGAGUGGAGCUUACCUGUGUGUUUGCUUGCCUGGAUUCCACGGUGGUCUUUGUGAAGUAGCUGCCCACACGUGCCAGCCAAACCCUUGUGGCCUUGGCAGAUGUACCGGCGGUUUGAGCAGCUAUUCCUGUGACUGUCCACCUGAGCUCAAAGUUGAAACACUAAUUUUAAAUGAAUUUACGACACAAACUGUGGUUAUCACAGGAUCUGACAAAGACGUAAUUAAUGAAGAGGGUACCAAACAAGGACAGAAUCAUGUUAAGCCAACAAACAGAAAUGCCUCUAUUAAGUAAUACCCUUAGUUCACCAUUUGUAGACGUCCAUGUGGAAAAAAUAGGGUGUGUGUUGCACCAAAUACAUGCACAUGUAAGCCUGGUUACGCCGGUUCUAACUGCCAAACUGCUGUCUGUCAGCCUGCCUGCGGGAACCUUGGGAAGUGCGUUAAGCCUAACAUCUGUGACUGUCGUCCAGGACACGGUGGAGCAACCUGUGAGGAAGAACUUUGCAGCCCACCUUGCCAACAUGGUGGCAUGUGCUUGCCUGGCAAUCUCUGCUCUUGUGCUUAUGGCUUUGUCGGACCAAGGUGUGAAACAAUGGUUUGCAACAGACACUGUGAAAAUGGAGGUGAAUGUCUUGCACCCGAUGUUUGCCAAUGCAAGCCUGGCUGGUAUGGACCCACCUGUAAUACCGCUUUGUGUGAUCCUGUUUGCCUCAAUGGUGGUUCCUGUUACAAGCCAAACACUUGCCUCUGUCCAAAUGGAUUCUUUGGUGCGCGCUGUCAGAAUGCUCUCUGCCGUCCUCCCUGCAAGAAUGCUGGCCGCUGCGUGCGGAACAAUGUGUGCGUCUGCCGUGAAGGAUACACUGGUGGGAGGUGCCAAAAAAGCGUCUGUGAUCCUAUGUGCAUGAAUGGAGGAAAAUGUGUGGGACCAAACAUUUGCUCCUGUCCUUCUGGCUGGAGUGGGAAAUGGUGCAGUACACCUGUCUGCUUUCAGAAAUGCAGAAAUGGUGGUGAAUGUGUCGCUCCCGGCGUCUGCCACUGUCCUCCCGCCUGGGAAGGAGCGCAGUGUCAAAUCCCAGUUUGUAAUCCCCAGUGCCUUCACGGAGGAGGAUGUGCAUUUCCCAAUGUCUGUUUUUGUCGCCCUGGAUAUUCUGGAGUCAGAUGUGAAAAGAAGAUACAGCUAAAACAUCCCUGAGUAACUUGAAGUGUGUGAACUACUGGCCUAUAUCAUAAAAACUGAAACUUCUUAAUUCAGAAAAGAACCGAAGAUAACUCUGGAAGUAUAUUUGAGCAUCACUUUAAAAACGUUUUAAAGGUGAAAGAAACCAAUCGACUAUCAAAUGAUCUCAGGUGUUCCUCAUUAGAGAAAAGCAAGAAAGACCUCCACAUAAUCCAAAUUGGACUUCACAGUGUGAUUUGAUGUUUCCGUAGUGAGAUGAUGUAUCUAGCAUUCCUUCAUUCACACUGUUUAAUAAACUGAAUGUUUUCUCAAUCCUGUGACUACACUGCGUUGUAUCCUGAUUUGUAUCAAGAGAAAUCAGGAACCCACUUGAUAAUGUCUCCCAAAUAUACAGUGUGUGAAGCAUAGCUAAGGCCUUGCAGGGCUGUUGUAAGAACUGGUGAUGAGAAUUCAGAUGUGGAGGUCCAAAAACAGCUGUCAGAGACUGGAGGGGCUGAUGCGGAAGCUUCCAGUCUAAAGCCCCAAGCAGGUACUCCUCAGGAGCUAUCCUGGAGCUGCUUGAACAAUACCUGAGAAUCUUCACAGUCUGGCACCAGCUCUCUGAAGAAACGUGGGUCAUUCACGAGCAUGUGAUAGGAAGUCCGGCCCAUCUCUGCAGACACCUGUGAGGAAAAUGACAACUCCUCCUCACUUCCUUCUUGGAACUCUCUAGGAGGUUCGUCUCAUUGGCAAACUCUUGCACAGAGACCCUCUGUGAAGGGGAUUUGCAGCAGGUCACCCAGAAACUAUGGAUAACACAGCUCCCAGCCUUAGGAAGAUACAGAAGUGUUCUGUGUAUUGCUGGGGAGGUAACACAAAACUGGCUAAAAGGUCUGUGUCUUACUGCUUUUGACUGUGUUCCGGAGAUCCAAGCCAUCACUUUACAGUAAUAGAAAUACUGUAGCAUAUUUAGUUCUGUCUCUUUUAUUUUCUUCUAGUCUUUCUAUUGCUUUGACCUGUACCAUUCCUGGGCGAGGGGGAAGAAAUGAUGAACGUUUUGAUUUUAGAAGACUCAUUCAGUCAUACUGUUUAGAUGGGAAAAGAACCACGAAAUACCUGUAUUACCUUUCCCUUCUGUAUUAGCUACUUCUCCAUUCCUGGAGCAAAAUACCUAAACCCACAGCUUAAAGAGGAGAGGUGUAUUUCGGCACAUCCUCAGAGGAUUCAUUGCAUGGUCAGUUAUUUCCAAGGCAGAAACAGCCCACUGGAAGCACAUUGCAGAGGAAAGAUGCUCUACCGGGGGAAGCAGAGAGAAACGAGAGGAGCUCAGGAGAGAGAGACUCCACACAGAGGCAUGCCGCCAGUCACACCUCUAUCAGCAGUCCAUCUCUAACAGAACGUUUAGCUGUGAAAUCAUGGAUGGAUCAGUCCACUGAUGACUACAGAGCCACCGUGACCCGAAUCACCUUCUUAUGAACGCUUAUGAAACUUAGGAACACAUGAGCUUUGGGGAGAUGCUCUUUGGGAGCGUGAGCUGAAAGGGGAUAUUGGGAACCACACCCUUAUCAUUCCACUCUCUCACUUCCUGGCCUUGAGGUGAAUAGUUUUAUUCUGCCACAUUAGUAUCAAGAUGUGCUGCCUCCCCACAAACCCCCAAAUGUUAGGGUCAGUCAGGCAGCCUCCGGAACUGUGAGCGAAAGUAAACAUUUUUCUCUCUUAAGUCGAUAAAUAUCUGGUAUUUGUUAUAGUGGCAGAAAGUUUACUAGCAAUAAUCUAUUUUGGUGUAGGAAGUGAGGGAAGUGGUGACAAAACUAAACCCUUCUACAAGAGAAUUGGUUGACACAGUGAAUUUUUUUUUGG